AUGGUGGUGAAGAAGCUCCGCACCUGCAUCCACUCCCUCGACGACAACUUCGAUAACGUGCUGGGUGGCGGCCGGCUCUACGGCGUCCGGGUUGGCUCCUUCAACCAGCUGUUGGGGCAGGACCGGCGCGAGGUGUCCGGCUUCGAGAAGGCCUCGGAGUACAACCGGACCGAGCUUUUUGGCACCGACUACAACUGGCGCAACACCUUCUACCCGAACGAUUUCAACCACCCGGAGCUGAUCAAAUUCUCCGAGCCCAACUACUUCCUCUCCUGCUCCCCGUCCGCCAAGCCGCCACAGCCAAUCGACGUGAAAAUCGUCCGGCGGACGAAGUCCGCGGUCUUCCUGGCGUUCGACUUGCCGAACGCCGCGACGAACUUCACGGACGCGAUUCGGCAGUACGGAAUUCAGCAGGGCCUGAUCGUGGAGAACGAAACCAGUUCUGCGACGUUGACCACCGCAAAUUUGACAAACGACACAGGCCUAGAAACCAUCCCGUACUCGUACUUCAUGGAGAAGGCGCAGCAGAACCAGCACAACACGUAUCUCCAGUCGCCAAGCAACGACCUGCACUACGACUUCCAGGUGCCGACGCUGCAGUACUUCGCGAACGUGUCAAAAAGGCACUUUCCGAAGCCGGUGCCGGAAAUGAUCGCGCUGAAUCAGUCGAAUUGCACCAUCAACGACACGAUCUUCGCCGACUACGAGUUCAUCGACGCGAAUGGCACUCUGCAGUGCGUUUACAACAGUUCGCUGCUCGCAAAUGUCACACUUCCGGCGGAUUCUGUUGUGACCAAUAUGACCGAAGUAGAGCCAAGUAACGAAACCAACGCGACCUUCCCCGUCUCCCCCUUCCGGCCGAUCUGUGAUUACUACACCCGGUGCUUCUUCACGGUGUACGAUGACAGCAAUUUGGAGAUGGAUAUUCCCAUCGUGGAAAACCAGUUCAGCCAGAUCAUGUGGAACGGCGGCUCCCGGCUCGCGGUGUUGGAGAACUUGAUCCCAGGCCAGAAGUACAACAUCUCGCUGACUUUCUCCACGGACGCGGGCGAAUCCGACAGGACCAACUACGAGUUCGCAGCCGGGUUCGUGCCCUUUAUGCCGGAGGAGGUGCUGCGCAUCGAGUGUUUGGACUGCACGCCGAGCCGGAACGUCAGCGCGGAGGGCGGGGAUGUGUUGAGCUACAACCUCACGUGGUCCGUGUUUGGGGAGUACGACCCGAGGUUCAUGCACUUUUUUCCGAUUCUG